AUGGAGCCCAUGGAAACAGACAGUGCCAAAAAACAGCCGAUCUACACCUCAAGGUUAUGGCGUAUCAAGCUUGGUCUUCGUGCCUUUGACAUCAUCUGCCUUGCCAUCAUAACUGCCAUGGGCAUCUCGAUCCUCAAUCAAUGGAAUGAAAUAGGCCACGGCAUCUUUUUUGCCGCAGCCUUCGUCGGACCGCUCAUCGCAACCUUCAUCUGGGACAUCGCUGAGGCUCUCAGCAUAUAUCGCCGUGCCGGCCGCAGGGGCGUUUAUCCCGGCGUCGUUAUCAUUCUCGACCUGCUAAUGGGGUUGGGCUGGGUGGUCCUCGUUUAUUUUGCUGUCAGGAUAUGGACUGAGCCCAGCCUAAAGGCAUUCUGGGACAACAUCUCGCGGAUAGCGGCCUCAGACGACCCCCCUGAGGUGGUGGAGGCUGUGGCGAAGGUGGUGUACAAUCGGCUUCAUCACUGGAUUCUUUUUUUUAUCGGCUGCUACGAAGCUCAUGACCGUCAAGAAAGAAUCAAGGAGAUUGCCGCGAGGGUUGAGCAGUUACCACGUCCUCGUAGUUAUGGUGGUGCAACUGCUGCUCAGCGCCGUCCAGGCGGGGGAGUUCGAUCGGUGUCGGCGGAGCCAAACGAUGAGCUUGUUCCCCUCGCUGCCUUUAACAACCCGCUCGGCGGCAGGCUGGACCCGAGGGCGUUCUGGUUCUCUUUUCAACUAUUCAGGUCCAGGGCCUGCCAGAUCGAGCUCUGGGGCCAGGCCUGGGAUGUCGCCUCGGGGCGCCUUAUCGUAACGUUGAGACCCCUCCACUUCCUCCUCCGUACGCGACCACAGUCCCACAGGGGCACCGACCCCGACACCGAUUCCUCGGAUUCGGAGUCGGAGCUGGAAAUCCACAUCCCCGGGCCCAAGUGGGAGCCCAAACGUGCGGCAUCAGGGCGUGACUUGGCCUCCUUCCCUCUCUACCCAAAAACGUCACGUCUCUCUCCCUCCCCCCCCUCCCCGGAGGCCAUUGAAGGGUGUCCCUGUGGCGGUGUGGUGUACAGAGGCCACUUCUUUUCUUGCCCUUUCAUCUCCUUCAACAACCCACUCGCUGGCAGGCUAGACCGGAUGGCCUUCUGGUCCUUUUUCCAUCUGUUUAAGUCCAGAUCCUCCCAGGUCGAACUCUCCGAGCAAGCCUGGGACGCUGCCACAGGGCGCCCUAUCCCGAUAUCACGACGCCCUCGUGCUCCCCUCCCCCGGGCCCGCUCCCAAGCCCAGCGUGCCGAUCAUCCAGGUUCCGAGCCUGGCGACCCGGAGUAG